AUGGAUAGCUACGCACUAGUCACGUAUCGCUGUUCGCAUUUCGUCAUAGUACCGACUGACGAUGACAACAAACUACUUGAAGACCCCACUAAGAUCCUCAAAGACUACUCCUCUUGCGACAACACGGUGGAAGACCUGUUCGAAAAGCCUACAACACAACACAUCAAAUUGACAGACCGCUAUUGCGAGCCCGAGUGUGAAAGCACUACUCUUGAGCGACACAAGCGCCAGCUCAGAGCUGCGGCCUUUGGAAUGCGAUGCUUUUUGCAACGAAGCGGAGACGAGUACCUGCAGCUUGGGAUCCGUUAUCACGACUUUCCCCUCAAACUUCGAAGUUGGCUUUGUGAUAUCAAGCGAGUAUCAACGGCAAAUUCACAGUAUGGGAUCGAAGUAAGGUCGUGGAGGGAAGACCCCUUUUUCGCGCCGUGGCGCAACGCUGUCCAGAGUUUGGACGAGGCCGACAAAAUGAUGAGGAAGAGGUCGUGGAGUGGAAAAUCUUCACAAAUGAACACCACGACUUGCCAUGUCAAUGAGACGCGCGGAAAUGUUGGUCAAGUCGUUAGAUUGAUGAACGAGGUUCGCGCGGGCAUCACGAAGCUGGGAAACAGGAUGCCUGCUUUCGAGAAGAGCCAACAUGACGCCAACGACGAGAGAGCGCAACGUAGAGAACAGCGACUAGAGGAGAAGAUGGAGAAUUUGACGUUUUUGUUGGACUCUGCUGAAUUGAAAGAGGAGUCUCGAUCGGCCCGGAAUUCUGUUAAAGUGACCAAAGCGAAGCGCCGUACUUGGAAGAAGGACAGGCUGCAAAUCGGAGGUAUGCACUUGCGCCAUGCCAUAUUCGCUCGAUCGGUCAAGGAGAACUGGGUAAGACGCAUGAACAGCUUCGAAACUCUCUUUCAAAGACACAGAAAGCUGCGUGCUGGACGAAGACCUUCGCUAGGCGAAGAGUGA